GCGUGUUCGGCGACAGCUUUUGGAGUAGCUUUUAGUGUUUUGACUAAGUCAAAACACUAAUUAUGUGUUUGGCAUGCUAGAGGUUGAAGUAGUGGUUAGUGUUUCAAGUAGCUUUUCACUAGCUUUUCACAAACGUUAUAAAAUAUAGCGUUCAGUUUAUGAUAACAACGUUCUACUUUUUUUUUUUUCAAAGGAAAACAGGGCGACAUAUUUAUGGAGACUGAUUCUCAUCUCUACACUCCAAUCCUCCAUAUCUGACUCGCAUCGCUCUAAUAGCUAACCUAUGGUGAUGAUUAUGGUAUUGCUUCUUAGAUGAAAAGAAAAGAUGUACUGGCAUGCAAUUCAAGCUAGAUAAAGGUUUGAGUAUCCCAAAAAUAACAAUAUAUAUAUGUUUACAAAUUCUAUGGGAAUUAACAGUAUCAUCUCCAAAUUUCUUCAUCGAGAUUCUUCCAUUUUUCAUUGGGUUCAUAAUUAUCACAAGAGAUUCAAUCGCCUGAAACCAAGGUAUGUGAUUUGUCUAAAAAAUUACCUUUAUUGAUGAGUUAUUGUUUGCUUAAUUUGAUUGCUGUUUUUUUUUAGUUUGGUUUUUGUUUGAUCGAUUGUUAAGUGAGUAUGACUUUAAUAGUUGAAUUGGAAAAAAAUGGGUUUGACUGGGUUUUAGUUGUGGGGAUUUGGGAUUUUUUUUUGGGUGUUUGACUUGAGCUCAAUUUGAUUGAUUUUGAGGAAAUUGAAGUAGUUUUUGUAUUCAUGAGCUUAAUUGUCGCUGUUAUUAGCUUAAUUUGUUUGCUUUGGACUAGCAACUUAUAAUACAAAGAUCAUACAAAUAUUAUGGACUAUGGUUUAAAUUCCAUAUAUUAAAACGAUUUUCCAUAAUGCCUCUUUUUGCAAUUUGCAUAAUUUUCACUCAAACAUAAUGUUUGCUUGCGUAUGAGAACUACUCUGCACCAACAUUGUACAUGGUUAGACUGUUGCAUUUUGAUUAUGAAUGGUAGUAGUAACAUGCCUAUUUUUGAGAAAGUUGGCAUAUUUUUGUACGCAAUUGCUCAAGGUGCCUCAAAUAGAGUUCUUGGUGAGCGUUUUCAACGUUCUGGUGAUUCUAUUAGUAGAGCAAUUCAUGAAGUUCUUAAUUCAAUUUCUUGUCGAAAGGUGAAGAGUCUUGCACAUGAUAUUAUAAAGCCUUAUGAUCCCGAUUUCACAAGUGUGCCUGCAAAAAUAGCUCAAGAUAAAAGAUAUAUGCCAUUUUUUAAGGAUUGUAUUGGAUGUAUAGAUGGUACACAUAUAACAGCAUGUAUACCUGAGGAUCAACAAAUGCCUUAUAGAGGAAGGAAAGGAAUUCCCACAUUUAAUGUAAUGGCUGUCUGUGAUUUUGAUAUGUGUUUUACAUUUGUAUCGGCGGGUUGGGAAGGUUCAGCACAUAAUUCUCGGGUUUUCCUUCAUGCGAUUGAAACUCCAGAAUUAAAUUUUCCUAAGCCACCUGAAGGUAAGUACUACUUGGCUGAUAAAGGGUAUCCAGAUCGAAAGGGUUAUUUGGUACCAUAUCCCAAAACAAGGUACCAUCUAGAACAAUUUAAACACACACCUCCACGAGAUGAUCGAGAAACUUUUAAUCGCUGGCACUCAUCUCUUCGAAGUUGCAUUGAGAGAUGUUUUGGAGUCCUGAAGCAGAGGUGGAAAGUACUUACUAACAUGCCACAAUAUAAUGUUGAGACACAAAUACAAAUUAUGGUUGCUACAUUUGCAUUGCAUAACUAUAUUAGAAUAAAUUCACCUAAUGACCCCCUUUUUAGAGUUUUAGAGGAGUAUCCUGAUUUUAUACCCUCGUCGGAGCUUCCUGAUGUUCAUGUUAUUUCAGAUGGUGGAAUUAGAACGGGAAACUUUACUGAAAUGCAGAUUAUUCGUGAUAAGAUAGCGGAAUCUUUAUGGCGAGCUAAACGUAGCCAAGUAAAUUAAUGUAAAGGAUAUUAGUUUUUGUAGAAUGUGUUCCUGAUGAAGACUAUUUUUGCUUUUUAGUUAAUGCAUAUGAAUGCCAUUUUAUUAUUUUAG